UCUCCGAAUAAAGGGGCGGUACGGUGGUGCUAACCCCAUUCCUUCUUCCCUCCCCGCGCCGCCUCGCCGCCUCCGGGAGUCGAGCCGGGGGAAGGCGGCCGUCUCUCACGUAGCCGGCAUCUGCGAGAUUUCUGUUGUACAGUGUUGGCGGUGAAGGUUUCGCCAUCCACUUAGCAGACCAGUGUGAAUUUGGAAGUUGCAAUGGGUGAAAACGGUCAAGGUAGUGGCCGCCGUCCCUUUGGAGAUUUGACAAAUGUCCUUGGCAAGCGCUCAGCCCCAUCGGAUUUGGAGAAGAGUGCAGGUGGAAUCAAGAUUGUCCGGGUUGAGAAGGCUUCUGAGCAAAGAAAAGAGUUUGAUGAAACUGCAAAAGCAAGUGGUGGAGCGGCACGAAACACAUUGCCCCUUUUUGAUGGUAUCACCAAAGAGAAUUUAGUAAGGUCUUCAAUUUUUCGGGAAACUAAGAUUCAGCACAUGGCUGCUGAGGCAGCUGGGCUACUAUCCAAGGAAUCCGAUGACGUGAGGAAUCGUACCAUGUCAUUAGGUUCAUCUGGCUUGCAUGAUAGGGAGCAGGAGUCUUCACUGGAAUCAGAAGGUGGCUGUGAAGAUGAAGAAGAAGAUGAUGACAUGGAUAGUGAAUUCUUGGCAUAUACCAGAGGUAGUUGUAAAAUGGCAACUAAUGAUGGUGAAUGUCUGACUCAAGAGGAGACGGCUGGAUCAUCAGGGAAUCAGAAGCCACUAUCUUCAUUCGACUUCGCAACAGGUUUUGAUAACAUGCCAUAUUCCAACGUCCACCAUUCAUUGGGAAAUGAUGGACUGGAAGAUGCUGAUACCACAAAGUCUUGUGCUUGUUCUUUCUGUCUUAAGGCUGCAUUCAUGUGGACUGAUAUCCAUUAUCAGGAUGCAAGAGGACGGCUUGCUGCAAUGAAGAAGAGCAUAAAGUUUGCUAGGUCACUGGGGACAAGAAGCCAAGGAAAUGAAUAUGCUGUUAAUGCAAGCAGAUACAACUUGAAGCGUGCAGCAGAGAUGGAGUUUGAACUAUAUCAACAGAAAAGAUCACUCUUCCUUCAUACGGAAAAUGUCCUUAUCCGUGAGAGUGCACAACUUCAUUCAUCCCUUGUGAAAUUAAAGGAACUCAGAGAGAACUGCAAGACAGAUCUCGAGAUGAUGAGCGGUUCUUCGCUGGAAAAAUGACUCUUGCAUGGUCGUGCUGCUAUACUGCUAAUGCCAUGCGAUUCUUCAGAUCAGCUAGGUCAGUUGAGUCAGGUUGUGCAUUGAGAUUGGUUGAUACUAGCUAGUAAGAUUAGUGGUUAUUGUCAGCCAGGAAGUUUGGCUUUAGUGAAUUAGUGAUGAUCCUAUCUAUUUGCAGUGUUCAGCAUCUUUGUAAAAAUCAUGUGGAAGGUGGCAGUUAGCUUGCGCCGUGUGAAAUAUGUAUGUUGUUUCUUGCUCAUAAACAUAACGGUGUAACUCCAAGUUAAUGAUAUGAUUUGACUCAUUUGUUUUGCUUGACUGAUAUUCAUGCCUGCUGCCUUCG